AUGUCAUCCUUUCGAAAUGACAAAAAAUCGCUACCCGCAAUUUUGGGUGACACCUACGUGUAUUUUGACCUGAGCGUGGGUGGUGUCCCGGAGGGCCGCCUCGUCUUUCUCCUCUACAAUCACGUGACGCCGCAAACGUGUGAAAACUUCCGGGCGCUUUGCACCGGGGAGAAAGGUUUAUCCAAAUUUUCAGGAAAGAAGCUGCAUUACAAGGGCUCUGUCUUCCAUCGAAUCAUCCCGGGUUUCAUGGCUCAGGGAGGGGACUAUACAGCAGGGAACGGGACAGGGGGAGAGAGCGUUUACGGGUGGGCUGCG